GGCAGACAGUGGUGGCCAAGGCACCGUGUAAGCGCGUGUAAUCGCCAUAUUGGCCGAACUCCGGACGAUAGCACCUCGCGGGUCGUGGAGCUUUAAAGCUUCCGCGGUUGCUCUUCCAUUGCCCGCGUCGGCACGGUCAUAAUAACGGGAGAAGCACAUAAAGUGGAGAGAGGGCGAGCGAUCCCUGUGCGGAAAAAGAGGCGGCGAGGAAAGGACACGCGAUAAUACCGGAUACGCCUUCGAACGCCGCAUCAAACAGCGAAAAAGAGCUAGAGAGAGAGAGAGAGAGAGAGAGAGAGAGAAAGAGAAAGAGAGAGAGAAAGAUAAGGCUAAGAUACAACACGCGGACAUAGCAGUGACAAGUGUUCCGGAUACGCGUGACUUAAAUCAAAGCAAGGGAGAAUCGCAGCGAUCAAUCGCGGCGGUGCAUCCAAAUAUCAAUAUCGAUCUUCCUGUUACGGGUAUAUCUCUCUCAGAUUGUAUCCUUCAAAGAUUACUUUCGUCCGCAAACUCUCGCGUCGGAUUCUGCGACGCUUCCAUUGUAUCACAUUUCUCGGUUCUCACUUCCGACGAAAAAUCUCUACAAAGUAACGUCUAUGUGCUCGAUAGAGACUGCAUCUUGUUCACGCAAGAAAAGAAUCGACUUCCAAUAUAAUUAUCAAUAAAUUCAAAUCUCUUCCUGAAACCAAUCUUCCUAAGAAGUUUUUCCAUCCAACUCCGAUUUCGCGGAGACAAGGAUUAACGCUCGAUCUGUCGGAAGUCUUCCGACAGGAUACCAAGCGGUCAAUCGACGAGAAGCUGGCACGAAGAUAGCCUUCAGCAGUCUACCUUGCCGGCGUGACAGUGUGCGAGUUCGUCUCUCCCUCUGGUCUUCACUGCUGCCAAUCAAUAACCGGCGCAUCGGCUCACUUACGCUCCAAUCUCCUAGAGAGAGACUCUCUCUUUCUCUCUCUCUCUCUCUUUCUCUCUCUCUUUCUCUCUCUCUCCUCUCCGUCUCUCUUUGCCUCAUCUAUCUUCCCACUAUCUCACGCUCUUACUUUCAACGCUCCUCUCCUGCUUAAUCAAACACGCUAACAUUCUCUGAUUCGUUUCAUCAUCUUCCCUUUUCUUCCUACCUUUUUCUUUUUCCUGUCUAUCUCUCUCUUCCCUGCGUCUUCUUCCGCACUCUCGUGUGCGAGAUACGCGGGACGGGCACCUGUCAACGCAAUCAACAGCAUCAGGAACAUAAGCAGACACAGCGGUAGCGUCAGCAGCGGUCCGAACCAGCGACAGCAGCGCAGGCAUUUAAACCUGGCCGUGCCAGCGUCUCGCGCAACAUCUUUAACAGGCGCGAGUAUCUAUUUAUAAUUCCGUCAAACGCAACGGGGAACGAAAACUGCGGCAUCGUGUACAGCUACCUAGGUCAGCCGCGAAGAAAAGAGAUGUCGACGUGAGGUUGGCGUUAACCCAAGAGCGUGGCACGGCGCGACGCAGCCACUCCUUUUAAAACCGUGUAAUUGAAAGAUGUGAUGAGUCAAUCGCGUGCGACGUCCUUACUGUCAUCAACGUCGUCGUCGUUGUCAUCGCCCUAAAGUUCAAGGAUUUCGUCUCGGUUGGUUGACCGAAUUUUUGGAGUCCAAGAUACGGGACCGCGUAUCUCAAUGGAACGCGACGAAUUCGCUCGAUCGUAUCGCGUUCAUCCUUGAGAGCAAUCGCCAUCGGUAGCGAAGGAUCUCUACUUCCUGUUCCUUUCAAUAGCGGGUCUCGCAUCCGCGCACUCUCGCCUCUCUCUCUCUUUCUCUCUCUGCAUCUCUCUCUCUCUCUCUCCCUUUCUCUCCUACCUUUCCGACUCGGCCGACCGACCAGUCGAUCCGCGCGCGCGGCUGUCCCGUUAAGAGAGAAGGGUGGAGGGUGCCGCGAGAGGGUGACGGUGGUGGAGUGGUAUCGUGGCGCGGGUGGUAUUAACGAAGAGGAUUGUCGAGAGAAAAACGAGGGACAAUCGGCAGCAGCGGAAAGUGGAAGACGGUGGGAAAUGGAUGAAAUAUCAUGCGCGACAUCGACGACGUAACCCUCCGCUUGUUGGGGUCCGCCGUUGUUCAGUGUCGUCGCGCGACGUCGCCAUCAUCGUCGGCGUAGUAACGCCUCGCCCGAUCUCGAGGCGAGGAAACCGUUUGGCGGCUGAUCGCUUGGUAGUGCGCGUACCUAUGUGUCCGUCCGCGAGUCCGUGAAGGGUUCGUACGCUGGGCUGUUACGCGGUUUCGGCUGAGGAGCAUUGGUGCGCGCUGGGAGCAUGCGGGUUUCGGGCGAGGCCCGGCGAGGCGGCUCCGCGGGAGGACCGGGCUAAAGGAACGACCGCAUAUCGGAAGGGACACUCGCGAACGCGGGCACGGUGCGCCCGCGGCCGUGCCCGCACCCGCACCCCCGCGUCUCGGCGCCGCGCCGGUCACGCGCCGAUUAGGUUCAUCCUGAAGACGCGGAAAGCGAGCUGGGCUCGCUUUCGGACGCAUGGAACAUGAUAGAGAUGUCGAGUGGACUUGGUGCAACCGCAAUGGGAAUCGGCGUUAGUCACGGGACGGGCGGCGAAGGUGUAGCUGGUGGUUGCCGCCUCCGUGCACAGAACCAAGGCCAGGCCUCGGGGUCCACGAUGCAGCAUAAUCCGCAGUCGUCUCAGCAGCAGCAGCAGCAGCAACAGCAGUCGCAGCAGCAGCAGCAGCAACAGGCGCCCUCGUCGCAGCAGCAAUCGCAGCAACAGCAACGUCAGACGGCCGGAUUCACGGGUCGAUCGAAGAAGGACAACUGUUGCCUAUGCUGGUGCUGUUGCUGCAGUUGUUCGUGUAGGAAUAAAUGUUUGGCGGCAGUCGGUGGUAAUUCGACGGGUAGCGGCGGUGCGGGCGAUCAGGGCAAGAAAAAGGGCAAUGCCGGUGUCAGUGGUGACCACGGCAGUGGCAUCAGCGUCACCGACUUCGCGGGUGCAGGUGCGGGUAACGGUCUCGAUGGACUCGACGGCCUCGACGGCGGUCUGGAGCGCUGCAGCUUGGAGGAGGUUCGGGCCUGGGGCUCGUCCUUCGACAAACUGAUGAGGAGCGGCGCCGGCCGCAAGCUCUUCAGAGAGUUUCUCGUGAGCGAAUACAGCGAGGAGAACAUCGCCUUCUGGCUUGCCUGCGAGCAACUCAAGAGGGAGAACAAUCCCGAGACGAUCGAGGAGAAGGCGCGCUACAUUUACGAGGAUUACAUAUCCAUACUUUCGCCAAAGGAAGUGAGUUUGGACUCGCGGGUGCGAGAAAUUGUGAAUCGCAACAUGGUGGAGCCUACGCCGCAUACCUUCGACGAGGCGCAGCUACAAAUCUAUACCCUCAUGCACCGGGACUCGUAUCCGCGUUUUGUCAACAGCGAGAUUUACCGGAGAGUGGCCAGAAUGAAUAGCAGCGGCCCGCCUAGCCCGAGUACCGGGCAGGAGCACAGUGGGAAGACGAAGAGCAAGCGAGGAGCGACGUAAUCGUGAUCGUGAUGGUCCAGAGACGUCGGGAGCGCGGACCAAGACCUCUAAAAUCAAGCAUCUUCACCAAAGCCACGAUCGGCCGAACCGUUCGGCAAGGGUUCGCAACACCCUCCUCGUCGGAAAGCCUCCGUCGAGGCGAGGAAUCGCCCGAGCGGACGAAUGGCUGACGAAGCUAAUCCCUCGCAGGAGGGUAUAUCCAUCCUCACGGGUGGACGACGAGCUUUCUGGUCACGUCAGAUUGCUCGCACGGAAGCCAGGGGCUUGUUCAGUGAUUCGCUUUUCCACGCGAACGCGUAACGGGGCCAUGUAAUCGCGCUCGCCAUUACAUGCGAGCCAUUACGACACCGAUGAUGAUGAUGAUAAUGAUGAUGAUGAUGGACUGAACGUACGACGAGAUCGCGAUCGCGGUUGAUCGCGUAGGUCACAAAUCGCCCAACGUUCCACUUUCAGGAUUUCUGUACCGAGCGCAUGCACGCGGGACAGUGGAUCGUAGCAGGAGAAAGGGUCACGCGAUCGCACGGGGAUGACGAGCACCAACGCGAACACCAUUGAUCCUCCCGUGUCCAUCGAUCUACGAGCCUUGCGAUCUACCCUUGUUGUAGUUGUAACUCAAAAGCUCGAAUAGGAGAUCGAGAUUCGGGCUCGCGAGAUUCCCCUUUCUCUUUCGCUCUUCUCGGCUUAAAAGCGAAUUCGAUUUGAAUCACAUACCUUAUGUCUUUCACAAGUCAUUACAAAAUAGUCGAAGUAUCCUCUUAUUCUAUUUCUUAGCAAAUACCGAAGAAAGUUAGAAAAAUAUUCUGGAUAUUUUUUUAAAUUAAAUUCACGCAUGUUAAACGUGAACGAUUCUAACUCAAUUUGCCAAAGGCCAAGCAGACUGAAAGAGGUAGACUAUCUGAUUUAAAUCUGAUACGUUUGACGAAACGAGAUGCUCACAACAUAAUAACUAUAAUUAUCUGACACGUUUGUUAUUGAAGACAUGAUGAUAAAUGCCACACAUAUUUCUAGUCAUAUGUAUUCGACCGAAAUUCCGCGGAUGAACAAGCUUUACAAGCUCGCAAAUUGAACUUUUGCGGAAUAAUGAAUACUAAUCCCUUUCUCAGGACGCAAUUGAUUCCCGGAUGCAUUUUAUCGCGAUUGUGUCUCCUGUGAUUUUAAGAUUAACGCGCGUAGCAAAAGAAGAGAAUGUCUUCGUGAAAAUAGGUUUAAUCUGCUCAAGAUCGAACUUACCGUUUGCUCUCUUUCUCUUCCUUCUCUCUUUCUCUCUCUUUCUCUUUUUCUCUUCUCUCUCUCUUUCUCUAUUUCUCUCUCGUUUCCGCGACGUUUACCUUCCAUGGAUGGGGGAGAAUCGAGUUAACAUCGUCACACAGCCCGUAACUUCAGGGUAACGUAUCGUAAUGCAUUUUUUAUCGCGCGCACUUUUCUAUAAUCAUCAGUAGUCCGCGAGUUUUCCUCCUCGGGGAAGGACAAAGUCGCGAAAUCGUACUAUACUUAUCCAGGAAAACGAGGAGAGUAUCGAGAAAGGGAAAGGGAGAGAAAAAGAGAGUAUCUUUAUCAAGAAACAUCGUUAUGGAUAUCUUGAUUCGUUCGCUUUCAUCACACUUUUAUGGGUUACCCGAUGGACAGGGGUUUUCGCCACUUCUGGUACGUCAUCCCCAUGGCGGAUAUUGAGCUACUGCCAGCGAGAAUACACCAAAGAUCGAACGUGCGCUGAAGCAACCAAAUAAUCUGACGAUCACCAAAGGGAGGAAUAACAUUCAAUCGACAUCACAUGCAUAUGCACACACGACUACACAAACAUGCGCACGUACAGAUAUAUACAUGUACAAAGACACGCAUACACACACCCACGCUGACGCAAAGCGCGUACGCUCGUGUAGAAUCUAGUCAUCGUCACGCGGAAACGCGCGAUUGGAAGAAAAAUGGCCUAAACACGAGAAAAAAAAAUACCAAGUGCAUCCUUCGAACUCGCGCGAAAAGUCGAGGCUGUCGCAUCGAAAUUGAACUGUCAUCGUUAAUGAAAGCAAUGAAAGAGGAGAAACGCGGGAGGAGAGAGAGAGAGAGAGAGAGAGAGAGAGAGAGAGAGAGAGAGAGAGGAAUGUCACGAAAGCGGCUCGACAAAAAGCGAGGCGAGACGAGGCGUCGCGGUGCGGACGCAUCUUUUAACAUUAAUUCAUAAGUAUAUAAGUAUGGAAUAGGAUUUAAAAUAAAAUAAAAAUAAAAUAAAGAGAAACACUCAAACGUCAUUUGUAAGCACGAUUGAAAAGCCAGCAUCAUUCGCGCCGCGGCGUCCGCUUGCUAUAAUAAGAAUUUCUUCUCGGCCGCGAUGCGCUCCGACUCGAACGAUUCACUUUGCCUUCAGAUUUAUGUUCCGCUUCCUGAGUCUGUAUCCCGACUCUGUAACUCUUAACAGUGUCAGUAUCAUUAUGUUAUUGCGCAGAUAUGAAAAAAAACCUGUGUAACGACAAUAUAACGAUAACCGUCGUUAAGAGUUACGGAAUCAGGGAACAGUAUUCUGUACAGGACUACCGACAGUUGACGAUAUCGUUAAUUAGCGACAGCCAAUGGUGAAAAGGAAAUAAGCGCGACUCUGAUUAGUCGUUAAUUAACGAUACCGUCGACAACUGUCGAUAGCCAUGUACAGAAUACAAGUCCAGAAGUGUCGCACGAAUGUUCCCUAUAGUAUGUUUACAUCUGAUUGUGAGAUUUGCUGUAGUAUAUAUGCGCAUAGCACUGUGUUUGACAAUGGUAUAUAAUGUAAACGCUGGAGAGUCUCAGAAUGAAAUUAUGAAGAAAUAUGAGCAAGUGUCUGAACGCGAAUAAUGUUAAACGUAAAGAUUAAUAGCCAGCUUAAUAUAAAGUAAUGUCCCGAAGAAACUCCUCCAGCGUUCGUACCUACUUAUGUUAGACACAAGUCACGCGAAAUGAAUGUCAGAUGUAAACUUGUCGCCACCUCGGCCGCCACUGCUAGCAUCUCAUCUCACGUUGUGGGACCGAUCGGGAAAGAGAACGACAUUUGGCCGAGAUCGCGACUGCGUAUCGCAAGCUCAAGAGACUCAUAUUAUAUACGUACUUAUUCUUUCGUUUCCCCUCCUCCCCCCCUCACAAACAAUAUACUCUCAGGAAUUCAUUGAAACGCAUCGGUGGACGACAUAACGUAAUAUUCGCCGCGCUAUAAAACGACCAAGAGAGCGAUAGAAUUUCGAGCGCAUCGCGGCGCGCGAUCUUCGCGACUUGCGACAUAGAUCGGUAUUACGUUGCGACAGGUAGGACAUGUCAACCAUUAUACAUUACACGUAACAAAGGACGCGUGUGCUCUCCCGAGGAUCAUCGUAAUCGGGAAGCGUGAGACGAUAUAUGAAUACGCGUUUCUCUAGUCAAAUCGAAAUUGUCGGUAUCGUCGCGAGCGGAUAACACAAGCGAUAACACAGUCAGUCAGCGUUUGGCUACUGCCCUGUAGAUAAUAUAUAGAUAGGUAUAAUGAACGA